AUGGCAGGUCUUACAAAACUAUUAAAUGGAUAUAUUCGUGAUAAAUCAAAUCAAAGAAUUGAUCUUGAUGAUGAAAAAUAUGAAGGAAAAGUAAUUGGUCUUUAUUUUAGUGCUCAAUGGUGUAGAGCAUGUGUUAAUUUUACUCCAAAAUUAGUUAAAUUUUAUAAAAAAUAUGCUGAUAAAAAAGAUUUUGAAAUUAUAUUUGUAAGUGCUGAUAAUGAUGAAGCAUCAUUUAAUGAGUAUUAUCAUGAAAUGCCUUGGCUUAAAUUCGAUUUCAAACAAGAAAAGAAAAUUGACAAAUUAAAAGAAAAAUUUGAUGUUUCCGGUUAUCCAACAUUAGUUUUACUUGAUGCUGAUACAGGAGAUAUUCUUUGUGAAGAUGCAAUUGAAUACAUUGAUAGUGAAGAUCCGAGAGGAAGAGAUUUUCCAUGGACAUCUGAUAAUUAA